UUAAGCAACGAAAACCCAAUCAGUCGUAAGUCUGGACGAAUCCCAACAAGUCCCAAUGUCCAGCCCUUUCUCGUCCCGCAUUUUCGUCGUUUGCUUUUCAAUUUUGAGCCGUUUCUCCGUGCUCUCUUCUAAAUUUAAUCCGCUCAAUGGCCAACACCUUCGAGUCAUCUGGCCUCUCUGGGAGGGAAACCCCAAAGGAUUGUCGGGGCCGGUCAAGAGUGGCGUCAUCAUCGAUUAUUUGAAAGACCGAUUGAAUUUCACUUACGAGUUUGUCAGAGUCACCGAGAACAUAUUAGAGCCGCGGGGAAAGGACCGCGGACUUAUCAGUUAUUUGCUAGAAGAUAAAUGCGACUUUUUAAUGGCAGGUGUGACGCCAACUUCUGGACGUAUGAAACUGGCAGAUUUGACUGUGCCUUGGAUGUACGACUGCUACGACCUCCUCUUUGCCGUCACCGAAGACACGGUCAACAUCGACGCCGUCGUCAAACCAUUCCAAUGGCCGGUCUGGUUGGGAGUGUUGAUAUCCAUGAUGGGAGUCAUCACCAUCUUGAAUAUGUUGCAAUAUCGAUUGAUGCCUAAAGUCGAUUCUGCAAUAAAACCCGACCGUAUAAACAUCAGGAACAAACCACCAGAAAGUCAUCCGUCUAGAGUAAAGAAGGGAGAUGGAAAGCAGUUCCUCUACGUCUUUGGCAUGUUACUCUCACAAGGGGGUUCCUGCACGUCGAAACGUUUACCAUUUCGACUGGUCGCUGGCGUUUGGACCCUGGCCGCUUUCAUUUUCGUCCAGGCUUACACCUCUACCCUGUUCACCUACGUCGUGGCACCAGUCAAUUAUCCUCUAGUCGAUUCCAUGUAUGGCGUCGCUGAAAGUACCGAUGUCAAUCUACUAUUUCGGCACGGUGCGACGCUAAAUAUUUUUGUUAUGGAUCCCAAUGCUACAGGCGUGUAUGUGAAGUUACGAAAAAACGUCGACUCGUUCCCCAAUUCACGAUGUAAUUUGAUAUCGCAGUGUCUCAGUUUAAUUACGCCGGGUUCGAGAAACACCUUUGCCAAUUCGAGAAACUUCCAACUGGAUGCUAUUAAGAGCAAUUUUGAAAAGACGGGCAAGUGUGGAUUACAGAUGGCAGGUGACUGUUUCCUGAGUUUACCCGUUAAUUUUGCGCUUCAGAAACACAGCCCCUACACCGAAACGAUGAACAAAGGGCUUUUAGACCUUCAGCAAACUGGAAUAAUUGACCAUUGGGACUCUUGGUUCCGCCCAAUGCCACCUCAGUGUAUGGCCAACGUGAAAAAAGGAUACAAGAAAGGGGAAACCAAACAUAUGCCUAUUUCCCUUAAAAAUUUGACGGGUGCUUUUGUCGUUCUUUCGGUCGGAUUAAGCAUCUCUUUUUUGGCCUUUCUUGUCGAGCAAAUCAUUUCGAUGAUAGUUAAACGCAACGUCGGCAAAGUCGCCGAGAUAUCCCUUGACAACAAUUCAAAUUCACAAGAUCUCAACAUCAUCGACUUGGCGACUGAAAUUUGUUUGAGUAGUAAUCCAAUCAAGCCCGAAUAAACCAUUGCUAGUGUUAGUAACAUCAUAUUGUUUGGAUAGAAGUAAUCCAGCCCCUUGUACUCGUCUUAUUCUAGCGCCCAUUUAGAAAGGAGUGUUUUCAAUUCAAAUGUCAAGGUUGGCCCUUGGUCGAGUAGGCGCCAGACUUAAGAUCUGGCGGAUCGGGCCUUCCUCGUCGAACAAAUCACUUCGAUAGUUGAAUACAACGUCACCUGCUAUAUAUUCCCUGACAUUUUAAAUUAGCCAGCUUUCUCAGCAUCACCGAUAUUUAGUGUUUGAACUUUAAAAACCAAUUUUAGCAACUUAGAAGGACAAAAUAUGGUUCAGUGGUUUGAGUAGUAAUGUAAUAAACGAUUCGCUAUAGUGCUAGUUGCUCUAUUGUUUCAUUCAAAAAAGUUCAGUUUCUUAUUCG